AUGAAUAACGAAAUAACUGAAUACAAUAUAUUCGAAGUGAUAGAUGGUACUGAACAAUAUUUCAGUAGUGAAAACCAUAAUACGGAUGUAAUUGAUUCAGAGAACAGUAUUGUUCAAAACUCAGAAGAUUUAAAUUCCGAAGAACAUUUCGAAUCAGAGAAGAAAACACCACAGCAUAAGCCAGAAAUUGUUCGAAACACUAAGCUGCCUAUGGCUAGAAUUAAGAAUAUAAUGAAAAUGGAUCCCGAUGUGAGCAUAGUUUCUGCGGAUGCAGUCUUCUUAGUGACGAAGGCGACAGAACUGUUUUUGGAGACUAUGGCAAAAGAAACUUACACAUACACCACUACCAGCAAAAGAAAAACUAUAGCUAAGAAAGAUUUAGAUCUUGUUAUUAACAAGGUUGAUUGUUUAUGUUUUUUGGAAGGUGCAUUGGACUUUUAA